UGUGAAGGGUCCUCCCACCCACCGGCUCUCUUGUGGCCAGUCCCCCAGUUCAUUGACCAGAAUAUGGAAGGAGAAGCUCUGCCUUCUCACUGACAGCCAGUUUAUCCUGAUGAACAUGGAGGAAGAGAUGCUGAUGGGGAGUCAUACACCGUCCAGCAAUCGAAGCUUGAGACGAACCAUCAGUGUGCCAUCUGAGGGUCAGCUGCAAGACUACAUCCCAGCAAAACCCCUAAACCUGGAAGGAUCAGCUGAGCGAUCGCCCAGAAGACAGAGCAUAUCAGGACUGGAAAGUGCAGAAAAGAACAAUUCAGUGGAAGGAUUCAUCUCCUAUCCUUUCAAAAUCCCAGUUAGUGCAACCCUUCCGCAUUGUAUUGAGGGUUUUUUCAGCAAACGUUUGAAAGGAUCCAUCAAGAGGACAGAGAGUCAGUCUAAACUGGACAGGAAGUCAAGCAUUCGGCUCCCUUCUUUGAGAAUCAUUGAUAAUGAGAAGACCCGAGGCCUAUUGAAACUGAAUGAUUCACACCAUGACUCGCUCCUUAAUCCAGAAAGUGCAGUUGAGAUUUUGGACCUGGCCAGAGAGGAGGAUGUCAUGAUUAAGCCAUUGCACAGUAGCAUUCUGGGUGAAGAGUUUUGCUUUGAGGUGACUUACUCUGGUGGGAGCAAAUGUUUCAGCUGCCCGUCAGCAGCUGAGCGGGACAGAUGGAUAGAAGACUUAAAGCGAACAGUGCAACCUAAUAAGGACAACUGCAGACGAACUGAGAAUUUGCUUCAGCUUUGGAUUAUUGAGGCCAAGGAUUUCCCAGCCAAAAAAAAGUACUUUUGCGAGGUGUGCUUGGAUGAUGUGCUGUAUGCCCGCACUACCAGCAAGGCAAAAUCUGGAAACCUUUUUUGGGGGGAGUAUUUUGAGUUUUCUAACCUUCCAAAUGUUUCCAGUCUUACUGUCCACAUCUACAAGGAUAUUGAUAAAAAGAAGGAUAAAAAUAACUAUGUGGGCCUGGUUAAUAUUCCAACUGGGUGCAUUAAAGGUAGACCUUUCACAGAGAAGUGGUACCCUGUCAGUACUCCUACAGCCAGCAAGGGGAAGGUGGGAGGGCCUAUGAUCCGCAUCAGGUUGCGCUUUCAGGGUGUCCCCAUCCUGCCAAUGGAGCAGUACAAGCAGUUUGCAGAGUUCAUCACCAGUAAUUACUGUAUGCUCUGCUCUGUAUUGGAGCCUGUAAUUAGUGUGAGAAGCAAGGAAGAAAUGGCCUCUGCCCUGGUCCACAUCCUUCAGAGCACAGGGAGAGCUAAGGACUUUCUCACUGAGCUGAUUAUGUCUGAGGCAGCCACCUGGGUGCACCAUGAUGUGCUCAUCUUCAGAGAGAACACACUGACUACCAAAGCUGUUGAGCAGUACUUGAAGUUGGUAGGCCAGAAGUACCUACACAAUGCCCUAGGGGAAUUUAUAAAAGCAUUGUAUGAGUCUGAUGAGAACUGUGAAGUGGACCCUAGCAAAUCCACAAGCUCUGACAUCUGGGAGCACCAAAGCAAUCUGAAGAUGUGCUGUGAGCUAGCCUUCUGCAAGAUCAUAAGCUCAUAUUGUGUUUUUCCACGGGAGCUUAAGGAAGUCUUUUCAGCAUGGAAGGAAUGCUGCUGUUCCCUCGGGAGACCGGACAUCAGCAAGCACCUUAUCAGCUCCUCACUCUUCCUGCGGUUCCUCUGCCCUGCUAUCAUGUCGCCAUCACUCUUCAGCCUCACACAGGAGUACCCAGACAACCGCACCUCCAGAACACUCACCCUCAUCGCAAAAGUCAUUCAGAACCUGGCCAACUUCACCAAAUUUGGCAUCAAGGAAGAGUAUAUGUCUUUCAUGAAUGACUUUUUGGAGAAGGAAUGGGCCACCAUGAAUCACUUCCUGAAUGAGAUCUCCAACCCGGACAACAUCUCCAGCACUGCAAGCUUUGAAAGCUACAUUGAUCUGGGCCGCGAGCUUUCAGCCUUGCAUUCUCUCCUCUGGGAGGUAGUGCCACAGUUAGACAAGAAGACGCUGGCCAAGCUUGGUCCAUUGCCCCACAUACUGACUGACAUCAGCCAGUGUAUGUCCAGCCCCACGCCAGUCUCCCUGCAAGUGCACUUUACCCAGAACCACAGCUCCUCCGUAAACAUCAGCAGCAGUAUUUCCCUCAGCCUGCAGAAGAUAGAUGAAGAUCCUACCAGCAGUGAGGUGCCUGUGCAGUCUACAGUCCAGGAGAAUGUAGACAGCAUCUUCCCAAUGAAGAGGCUCACCACUGCCCAGCAGUCUACAGAAAGCAUGAGAGUUCUUGAAAAGGAGGAUCAGGAAAAUCCUCUUCCCAAUGGCCGUAGCAUUUCUCUGAUGGACCUGCAGGAUCUCCAGCUGAGUCAUGAUAAGGGAACGCCACAGCGUGAGCGCUCUGUCAGGCUCAGCUGCAUGGGCCCCCAGAUGUCUGUCGGCAUCCUGCGACUCCCCCAUGCUUCUCUUCACUCUUUAAAUCUGGGACCUUCGAUGCUGAGCGACCUGCCCCAAAGUGUCCCACAGAUGCGGAAGCCCCUCCACCCCAUGGUCAAACAGCAAAGCAACUCGCGGCCUCUGUGCUUCCAGAAUCCUGUUUACCAGCUGGUCAAUCUGCCUGUUCAGUCAGAAAAAUCUUUCCAUCCAGGCUCGAGCUCAGAGAGUCUCAACAUGGAGAGCAUGCGUGGCCUUAGCUGCUUUAAAGAAUUCUUCCAGAGCAACAUGAGCAUUGCAUCCAACAGCAGCAUAGAAGAAUGUGAUCAUGGAAGUGCAUUAAGCAAGGAGUGCUUUACUCCAUGUCAGCUUGGGCAGCCAGAGCCCGAUACCCUGCCCCAGCCUGCUGGCUUGUCUCCACAGAGUCACUUGAACACCCACCACGUUGUCAUGGGUGCACAAGUAUGCUCUAGUGAUGGGCUCCAGGCUCCAUACACCCUUCCUCAUAGCUCCCCCUUGCAGAGCAACAAAAGCACCAGCAAAGGGGCCCUCCAUAAUGACUGUUCCUGUCAGCAUUCUGCCUCCUCCAGGGACAGCCCAAUAUCCCUUGCCAGGGAGCCAAACAAGCAGGUGGCUGUACCUAUCGAAUCGGUCAACGUGUCCCCAGUGGACAGGACAGCUGCUUGGGUGCUGAAUAAUGGGCAAUAUGAAGAUUAUGAGGUAGAAAAGCAUUGCCCAAGUCAGGAUGGAAGCAAAUGUAUAGAAAAGUAUGAACUUGAAAUCUCUAAGCUGAAAGAGCGUCUGCGAGCAUCCAGCCACCGCCUGGGCGAAUAUGAGCACCGCCUUCUGACUCAGGAACAGCAGAUGCAGAAGCUGCUCCUUGACUACAAAGUGCGUCUGCAGGAUAGUGAGGAGAGAUUGCGGCGGCAGCAAGAGGAGAAGGACAUCCAGAUGAAGAGCAUCAUCUUUCGAUUGAUGACUGUAGAAGAUGAACUGAAGAAGGACCAUACAGAGAUGCAGGCAAUAAUAGAUGCCAAGCAGAAGAUUAUUGCAGCACAGGUACAGUAGUAAGCCAUAAUCAGUUUUGAAAUGAAACAACUUUGAACUCAUUUUGUCUCAUACAGUGCCCUCCACAAUUAUUGGCACCACUUAUAAAGAUUUGUAAAAUAGGUUAGAAAAAAUUUACUUUUUAGUGAAGUAGCUUCAUCUCACAUUGAAAAAAUGAAAUAAAUUCAUUCAAAGAAAAACAAAUCCUCCAUCAAGAAAUAAAUAUUUUUGACAAAAACGCAUGUGCCACGAUUGUUGGCACCCCUGGAAAUUAUAGUGAACAUAAUGUAAUUGAAGCAUGUUUCCCCCGUUAAUUGUACAUCUUUCAGUGAAUACGAACCUUUAAGCUGUAAUUCAUAACUUCUUGAUUAAUUGGGGUACAAACAUGAGUGACACAGAGCCCAAAUUCCUUUAGUCAUCCAUCCACAUGGGAAAGAUAAGAGAACAUAACUAAAUGAGGGAGAAGUGUGUUGACCUUCAUAAGUCAGGGAGUGGGUAUUAAAAGAUAGCUAUUCACAUGAAAAUGCCCAUUUCUACUGUUAGGGCAAUAAUAAAAAAGUGGACAACAACUGGAACUGUUACAAAUCUGCCUGGAAGAGGACACAAGUUUAUUCUUCCCUCACAUACAGUGAGGAGGAUCAUAAGAGAGGUUCACUGUUGGUGAAUUACAAGACCAAGUAAAAUCUUGAGGUUACCACGUCUCUGAAAAAACCAAAAUCAUUCGCCCCCUUCUUGCUAACAGAUUAUUUGGAAGGUAUGCCAGAAAAAGCUUUUUUUGUCAGUUAACCACAUGCAUAAGAUACAAUACAAUACAAUACAAUACAAGAAC